AUGUUGAAGAUUUGGCGGUCACAAUGGCAUUUUCGUCGGGCGGCAAUCAGGAUCUGCGCGGCGAUGAUGUUCAUAACGUUUUUGACAGUGAUGCUGUAUCACCGGGGUGAUUGGGAGUUAGAGGCAGAGGAAAUCAUCGACGAGAAGCAGCUCGCCGUCUUCAAGCAAAUCGGCGAACUUGCUAGCACCUUUUCAUCUAACAGCACCAUCGCGCUGGUCCUCGCCGCAACGCAAAGGGACGACCUCACCUGGCUGCUGGACUACAGCCGGGAUCACAACGCCAUCCCCUUCGUCUACACCACCGACGACAACCCCACACCGCACCUCCUCGUCCCCUCCACCACCCGCGGCCGCGAAGCGACCGCCUACCUCUCCUACCUCGUCGACAACUACGCCACGCUCCCGCCCUACUCCCUCUUCAUCCACUCAAACAAAGACCAGUGGCACAACGACCUGUUCGGCCCGCGCACCAGCGCCGCCCUGCGCAACCUGCGCCUCGAAGCCGUCGACGCCCAGGGCUACGUCAACCUGCGCUGCGAGCACAACCCGGGCUGUCCGACAAACGUGCACCCGUGGAGCCCGACGCAGAUCGACAUCGAGAACAACGAUGUCCGCGCCUUCUUCCCGCAGGUCUACCAGGCGCUGUUCGACGUCCCUGCCGCCCGCGUCCCCGAGCAUAUCGGGAAUGUCUGCUGCGGGCAGUUUGCCGUGAGCAGGGAGCGCAUCCUGCGCCGGCCGCGUGGGGACUAUGAGCGCAUGCUUCGAUGGGCGGUUGAGACGGAGCUGACGGAUAGUUUUGGCGUUGGGUGGGUGUUUGAGAAGGUGUGGCAUAUUGUCUUUGGGGAGGAGGAUAUUUAUUGUCCGAGGUUUGAGCAGUGUCGGUGUGAUGUGUAUGGAUGGUGUGGGCCGCUGGCCGAUGGGGAGGUGCUGCAGGCUGUGCGGCGUUCAUAG